AUGGAAGAUUUUUACAAGCUGAACCCUCUUCUGUCUUGUCCUGAGGAUGUUGUUAGAGAAGUCAACGUCAACGUUUCCGCUACUGCUGCAUCUGAAUUGAAUCUCGGACUUGUGGCCAAUAACUUCCUUCAGCUGGAAGAGCCAGAAAGUUCGAAUAUGUCGGAUCGGUUCAUCAAGACCCAGAUCGCCACUCACCCUCUUUAUCCAAAUCUAGUAUCUGCUUACAUAGAAUGCCGAAAGGUUGGAGCACCUCCAGAACUUGCUUCACUUCUUGAAGAAAUAGCCCGUGAAAGCCACCCAACAAAUGCUCUUCGUGAGAUAGGAGAUGAUCCUGAGCUUGACGAGUUCAUGGAGUCAUACUGCGAGGUUCUUCAUAGAUACAAGCAGGAGCUGUCCAAGCCAUUCAACGAAGCGACCUUGUUUUUGUGUAGCAUUGAAUCACAACUCAGCAAUCUCUGUAAGGGAACACUGACAUUGCCACUGGAUAACAACCGCUCAGCGUUCUUGCCAGAUGAGGUAGCUGGGACUUCAGAGGAUGAAUUGAGUUGGGAGAAGAUGGAAACAGUGGAAGGUCACGAAUCUUCUGGCCCCCGUCCAGGUGAUCACGAGCUUAAAGAAAUGCUCCUUCGUAAGUAUGGUGGUUAUCUUAGCAGCUUAAGAAAGGAAUUUUUGAAGAAAAGAAAAAAGGGUAAGCUUCCUAAGGAUGCAAGGAUGAUACUCAUGAACUGGUGGAGCACCCACUAUAGGUGGCCUUAUCCUACGGAGGAGGAGAAAGUGCAACUAUCAGAAAUGACUGGACUUGAUCAAAAGCAGAUAAAUAAUUGGUUCAUCAAUCAAAGGAAACGACAUUGGAAACCAUCUGAAGACAUGCGAUUUGCCAUUAUGGAUGGUGUAAGUGGCAGCGCCAUUGGAGGAGGGCCUAUGUAA